CGCGCGAACACACACACAAAGCCUGGGAAGCCAUGGCGGCGUUCGCCCUCCACCACCAGCUCCAAACCCUCCCCGCCUGGCUCCUCUUCGCUGCCGCCGUCGGCCUCUUUGCCUUACUUAGAUCAUCCAUCGCCGCCCUCCGCUGGGCCUUCGUCACCUUCCUCCGCCCCGGCAAGGACGUUCGCCGCUACGGCUCUUGGGCCGUCGUCACCGGCUCCACUGACGGCAUCGGCCGGGCCUUCGCCCUCCAGCUCGCUCGCAAGGGCCUCAACCUCGUCCUCGUCGGCCGCAACCCCGACAAGCUCCGCGACGUUUCCGACGCCAUCCGCGCUCGGCACCCGGCCGCCAGCGUCGAGACCGUCGUCGUCGACCUAGCCGGUGACCUCGCCGAGGGCGUCGCCCGGCUCCAGAAGGCCGUCCAGGGGCUCGACGUCGGGAUCUUGGUCAACAACGCUGGGGUCUCGUACCCCUAUGCCAGGUUCUUCCACGAGGUGGAUGAGGAGCUGCUGAGGAGCCUGAUCAAGGUGAACGUGGAGGCGGUGACGAGGGUCACGCAGGCAGUGCUGCCGGGGAUGCUGGAGAGGAAGAGGGGCGCCAUCGUGAACAUCGGCUCGGGGGCGGCCAUCGUCAUCCCGUCCGAACCGCUCUACGGUGUCUACGCCGCGACGAAAGCGUACAUUGAUCAAUUCUCGAGAUGUCUGUAUGUUGAGUAUAAGGGCAAGGGAAUAGAUGUGCAAUGCCAGGUGCCCUUAUAUGUGGCGACAAAGAUGGCAUCGAUCAGGAGAUCUUCCUUCUUUGUUCCAUCACCAGACACCUAUGCCCGUGCAGCUUUGCGGUGUAUAGGCUAUGAACCAAGAUGCACACCCUACUGGCCCCAUUCCCUCAUUUGGUGUCUGCUCUCAGCCAUACCAGAGUCGGUUAUCGACCACUGGCGCUUGGGCUUCUGCAUGAACAUCCGCAAGAGGGGGCAGCUCAAAGACGCCAAAAGCAAGGAAAAUUAGCUCCUGAUAUCAUAGUGUGAGCGAUGGCUACUUCAGAAUACUAUUUAUUUUCAUCCCAAGAAUAAUUAUCAAUGGACAUGUAGGUUAUUACAGUGCUUGGAUUCACAAUCUGUGCAUGUACUUGUUAUGAAAAGCAGGAUUGAGCAUGCAGUGUCGUUGGAAACAAUUCCUCUAGAUUGAAGCUUCUGAGAUUGAUCUGGAAA